CAGAAAAAAAGGUCUUGUCUGUUACUCUUUUCUGCAUUUAUUGGAGAGAGGAAAAAAAGGAAAGGGUUUGUGCAAGGUUGGUUAGUUGCCCUUUCUUUUUCAGGGUAAUAAAGCGGGUUUUGGUUUGCAAAAAAAUCGGAGCAUAUCUUCCAUUCUCGAUCUUGCUGGGUCGCUCAAGGGUAGAAAGGGAAAUUUGAGGAAAAGAGAAGAUGGUGAGAGGGAAGACGCAGAUGAGGAGGAUAGAGAACGCGACGAGCAGGCAGGUGACCUUUUCCAAGCGCAGGAAUGGGCUGCUCAAGAAGGCUUUCGAGCUAUCCGUACUAUGCGAUGCUGAGGUGGCACUCAUCGUCUUCUCCCCAAGAGGGAAGCUCUACGAAUUCGCCAACGCCGGGGCAGGAAGGUGAACCAGUGGACGAUUCACAAGGGCUAUGGCCCUAUCUUGAUGAAGACGAGUUGAAUAUGUUGAAUCACUAACAUAUCUGGUUGAACUUAUUUUAUUCAUUUAAUUAUGUCUUUGAAUAAAUUUUAAGUUCAGUAACUGAAAGUUAU